UCUGGCGAGAGGGUCGCAUCUACCCCGCUCCAUAGCUCCGGAUUUCCUAGGCUCGUUAGGGAGGAUCCCCCCCCCCGGACCCCGAGGCUCUAUUCCAGGUGGGAGACCGCGUACCUGCCUCUCGGACCUAACGGAAUUCCUCCCACCAUUUGGAUUAUUCAUUUUCCAGGACCUGUCAAGUUAAAGAUGAACCUCUUACUUUGAGAUCAUUUGCACAUUUUUUUCUCCUAAAUUAUCAUUAUUAUUUUGGGGAGGACGACAACUCUCGAGUAUUUUCGGGGAGAUUUUGCGGUCGGGAUGUUGAACCGGAGCAGCAGGACGCGCGUUGGACCGUUUUGGGUCCUCCUCUUCGCACAGGUCGUCCUGGCGGCUGCGCUCACCCAAACUGGCACGUGCGGCAAAGCCAUCGACAUCCACUAUCCGGACUACCUGACCUCACCGGGCUACCCUGGCGCUUACCCGUCCUCGGUGCAGUGCACUUGGGUGAUCACGGCACCCGAGCCGGACCAGAAGAUCCUCAUCAACUUCAAUCCGCAUUUCGACCUCGAGGACCGAGACUGCAAGUACGACUAUGUUGAGGUAUACAACGGCAAGGACGAGCUGGCCCCCAUGUUGGGUAAAUUCUGUGGCAAGAUUGCACCCUCGCCAAUCAUCUCCAGCGGCGACCAGCUCCUCAUCAAGUUCGUCUCCGACUACGAGACGCACGGGGCCGGGUUCUCCCUACGCUACGAGGUUUUCAAGACCGGUCAGGAAUGUUCCAGGAACUUCACGGCCCCCGCGGGGGUCAUUCGGACGCCGGGCUACCCCGACAAGUACCCCAACAACCUGGAGUGCACCUUCAUGAUCUUCGCACCCAAGAUGUCCGAGAUCUUGGUGGAGUUCGACAGCUUCGACAUGGAGCCCGACACGACCCCGCCACCGGGGGCGGUGUGUCGCUUUGACUGGUUGGAGAUCUGGGACGGAUUCCCCGCAGUGGGUCCCCACAUCGGGCGCUACUGUGGCCCGGUGUCGCCGGGCCGCGUCAUCUCCUACACGGGCAUCCUGUCCAUGACCAUCACUACCGACACGGCCAUCACCAGGGAGGGCUUCUCUGCCAACUACACCAUCAGGGACACCAGCCUCCCUCAAGGAGAUGCGCAACAUGCCUUCUUGUGCUCGGAGCCUCUGGGGAUGGAGUCUGGCGAGAUUUCCCCGGAGCAGAUCACCGCCUCGUCGCAGUACAACAACAACUGGUCGCCAGAACGCUCUCGCCUCAACUAUCACGAGAACGGAUGGACGCCGUCAGAUGACACCGUACGCGAGUGGAUCCAGGUGGACUUGGGCUUCCUUAGAUUCGUCACGGCCAUCAGCACACAAGGAGCCAUCUCUAAAGAGACCAAGAAGCACUAUUUUGUUCGCUCCUACAAGGUGGACCUGAGCUCCAACGGAGAGGAUUGGGUGACGGUGAAGGAUGGUUCCAAACAGAAGAUCUUCCAGGGGAACCACAACCCGACAGAUGAGGCUCGCUCGUUGCUGCCCAAGCAGACUCUGGCUCGUUACAUUCGCAUCCGGCCCAUGUCCUGGGAACAAGGCAUCUGCAUGCGCUUUGAGCUCUACGGCUGCAGAACAUCAGACUACCCGUGUUCAGGAAUGUUGGGCAUGGUGUCGGGUCAGAUCUCGGAUGGACAGAUCAGUGCCUCAUCCUAUGCCAACCGGGGCUGGGUGGCCGAGAAUGCCCGUUUGUUGACGGGCAGGUCAGGUUGGACAGGCCAGCAGACCAGGCAGCCCUUCAGGAACGAAUGGCUGCAGGUGGACCUAGGCCAGGAGAAGAUGUUCACCGGCGUGGUGAUUCAGGGCGGCAAACACUACGACAAGAACGUCUUCAUGAAGAAGUUCAAAGUUGGACACAGUUUGGACGGAGAAGUCUGGACACUGGUCAACGAGGACAACACUACUCGGCCCAAGAUUUUCUCAGGCAAUCAAAACCACGACACACCUGAGUUGAGGUCGGUGGGUCCUCUGCUGACACGUUUUGUCCGGAUCUACCCAGAGAGAGCCACCGUGGAGGGUCUGGGCCUACGACUGGAGCUGUUGGGCUGCGAAUUGGACGACAUCACAACCACUUCCUUGCCCACCACACCACUCCCCACUCUGCUUGCCUCCACCACGUUUGGAGCGACUACCACGUCACCCCAAACGGUGCCCGUCACCACAACAUUCACCAACCCCGAUGCUGACACUCCCAAGGACUACUACUCGGUGACAGCAGGAGGCAUCACACCUGCUGACCCCGUGGUGGACUUCAUACCAGAAUACGUGUGGUUCGCCUGCAACUUCGACUCCGCCUCCUUCUGCGGUUGGACCGCGGAAGCGGGCUUGGGUGCCGAGUGGCUCAUCCAGACUGGCGCGGGCGCUGCGGUGGCGCGCAGAGCACCCACGCUGGACCACACGGGCUGCUUGGGAAACUUCAUCCUCAUGCAUGUGACGGAAAGCGAUGAAGAUGGCGAAGAGUAUGCGGAGAGGGUGGCCAGGCUGUCCAGUCUGCCCGUGACGGCGCCCCACGCCGAGCUGUGCUUUUCCUUCUGGUACCACAUGCUGGGCCAGCACCCCGGGGUGCUCCACAUCAGACAGGAAGAGAAACAAGACCUCGAAGAAGGGAGGGGGAACAUCCUGUGGACAGUUAGUGGACACCAGGGGGCGCAAUGGAGGGAAGGACGAGUUUUACUACCGAGAUCCAAUCAAGCUUAUAGAGUGGUUGUGGAGGGCGUUGCGGACAGACUUAGCACAGGACACAUGGCUGUGGACGACAUCCGCAUUUUAAAUCCACGCAACGCAGACCACUGCAAAGAUCCAGAGGUUCCUCCAUCUCCUCCCACGCAGAUCAUCAUCCUGCCGAUCGACUCUCUUCCGGAAGAGGCAGCGGGUGAGCUGGGCGGCGGCGUGGGAGAGGCGGACAGUAUGCUGAAGACACUGGACCCCAUCCUGAUCACCAUCAUCGCCAUGUCCGCCCUGGGGGUGUUCGUGGGCGCCGUGUGCGGGGUGGUGCUGUACUGCGCGUGCUCGCACGCCGCCAUGGCCGAGCGGAAUCUCUCGGCGCUGGAAAACUACAACUUCGAGCUGGUGGACGGCGUCAAGCUGAAGAAGGACAAGAUCAAUGCACACACUAACUACUCGGAGGCGUGAGGGGCGGGGCCCGGCGGAGGGGCCGCCGUUGGACUUCAGAGUGGGCGUUUCUUUCUCAGGAGCGGCAGUGCUACAGACUGACCUGCGAGAGGCACUCUGUGCAAACUAACUGUACAGCAAAAGCAGAAGAAGAAGAAGAUAAUCUAUUUGUUUGGGGCUUUUCUUUUGUUGAUUUUGUUGGGGGGGGUUCUGUUACUCUUCUCAUGCUGGUGAUGAGACCAAGUCACGAGUAAAUGCGUAUGUGUGAGUUUGUGCACGUGUGUGUGUGUUUGUGUAUGUGUUCUAAUAGUGCCUUUUAUCCCCCAACACUUUUCUUUAUAAUUUGCCUAUUCUUCUUUAUUUUUUUCAACCAUCACAAGUGUCUCAUCCAGGGUCCCCCCCCCUCUAUACACACACACACACAGAAUGUCUCAGUGUCCAGUCGAAAUGUGAAGAGACUAUCUCAGCAUUCAGUUAAAGACAAUAUCAGUAUUAAGUUGAAAUAUGAAGGCUGUGUCUUCGUGUGAAACGUGAAAAUAACGUCUCAACAUUGAGUCAAGAUCAAAUGAAACGUGAAGGCAAUGCGUCAGCGUUGAGUUGAAGACGACAGUUGUCAGCGUUCGCUCGGAGCGUGAAACCACCUCAGCAUUCUGUUAAAGGCGUCUCAGUACUGCGUUCGAAAGUGAGGACAAUUUCUCAGCAUUCCUUUGAAACACUAAGACGUUGUCUCAGCAUGGCGAAAUACAUUUGAUGAUGGUUCAGGAAAUAAUGUGACUACUGUCUGGCUUAUGUUAUGUGUGGUCAAAUUCCCAUUUUGUGAUGCUUGUGUGUGUGUUCAUGCUUGCAUGUGUGUGUGGGGGGUUGGGCUUUUAAGAGCACACGCACACUCACGCGUGUACACACGUUCUAUCAUAUUGUACAUAAUUUUAAUAUAUUUCUAUGGGAGUUGUUUUUCUACACGGGAAAGUGCAGCAGUAUCCUUUCUUUAGUGCUUCUAUAUUUGAUAUGUUGUCUUACACAACACACACACACACCAUGUUUGUGUGUCUUUUAAUGUGAUUUGUGUGUGCGGGCGUGUGUGAAGACUUUGCGUGUUUUUGGAAUGGAAGGGAAGCGGCGCUUUCGUACAGGGUAACACUGGACCCCCGACAGGGAGGCCUUCACACCUCAAGUGUCUCUAUCUUUUCUAUAGGCUGGUUGCCAUGACAACGGCUUGUCUGUUUGUUUGGGUGACACUACAAAAUGGCUGCAGCAUCCUCACACACACUCGCACACACAUUAUGUGCAUAGGGGCUCACUUUCGAAGUUUAAAUUACAGCUGAACCACCAAAGUGGGAAACUAAGCAACCUUUGGAUGACUUCGUUGUUUGAGUUUCAAAACAAACAUUCCCACGCCAAAUCAUCUGGUCCAGCAUCAAAGUGGUACCAUCAAGAAAAAGAAAAACAUUUCUGUCAGGCUUUUUGGAAUUCCACAAAUGUGUCAAAAAUAUUUUAAAAGACUUUAUCUUUACAUGUAAAACUAGGCAAUGUGGUUAGUGGUUAGCACAUCUGCCUCACAGUUCUGAGGACCGGUGUUCAAAUCCCGGCUCUGGCUGUGGGGUUUUUCUCUGGGUACUCAGUUUCGUCCUGCAACCCACAAACAUGUAGUAAACAUGGAGGUAAACUGAAAACUAAUUGCCCAUAGGUGUGAAUGGUUAUGUGUCUAUGAUUGGUAGCUCGCCUCUUGUUCAAAGUCAGCUGGGAUAGGGUCUUGCACUCCUGCAACCCUAUUGAGGAUAAGCGGUACAAAAGAUGGACGGAUGUAAAACUAUUAUACAGUAAAGCUACGCACCAAAAUGAAUUCUGUUGUUCCCUUGCUAGCCAUUCUGCUUCCAGCCACAUGCUAAUCACAUUUGCAUUUCUUUGCUCAAAUUGAUUUGUGUGUUGAUUAUUUAACAUACAGUGGCUGCGUUGUCUUGAUGUUGCAAUCAGGGAUGGUUUAAAAUCAUAGUUUUCCCUGUACAAAACAACCAAGUGAUUAACAGAGAGCCUAUCAUUACAUUUAUAUCUUGUCGACAAACACCGUUGUUGCGUUCAGGGACAUUCUCAAAUCACAAGUGAGAAACCAUUUCUGAAUCAAGUGUCACCUUCAGGGACCACCUGAAAUCAGUUUUUCCUCAAAAAACAACCAAUGUUGUAUGUACUCUGUGAAGUUUUUUUUUUUUUGCAAAUGUCCUUGUCAUGCGCUUCCUGCUACAUGUAUUUCUCAUUUUGUCUUUAAAUUUGUACUAAAGUCUUGUGAGAUUUAUUGACAUCAUGCAUGAUGAUGCUUAAAAUUGUGCAGACUUUUGGAAGUUCCGCUGUAGGGAAAUGUGAUUUAGAAUUUUUUUUUAAAAAAAACAAAAACACCACAUAUUUUUGUUCCGUGCACUUUUGUUUAAGAAUUAGCCAUGAUAUUGUUCAAUUUUUUUCCCCAAAUUACUUUAUUUCAUGAGUAAACAAUAAAAAAAAUGGACUUGAAUGAGCCGCUGAACAAGAAAGGAUGCCGCAGCACUGGAUGUGAUUAAGUAAAAACAUGUUGCACUGAAAUGUAAAAUUUUAAAAAAGCUAUGAUGAUUUUAUGGUGUAUGAAAACAAGAUGGCGUUAUAUGUUGUUUUGAAAUAAUAAUUUAACAAAUACUUUCCGUGAAGGUGUACAAUCUCUCACAAAAAAAAACAUUUCUCUAGAUGGUAAAAUGGCGGCUUGCUGUCAAAUUGAUGUUUUUGUAACAUUUCCUUGUUUUUUAAACCUGCUUCUGUAAUGUUGUUGUUUUCCACUCCAGAAAAAAAAAAGAAAAUAUGAACAAUGGAAAAGCAGCAGCUCGGCCUUAAAAAGUGUCUAAUAAGUGAUUUCAAAAAAAAGAGAGAAAGAGACUACAGUAGUUUGUGCUUUCUGGUGGGCGUCCAGAUUCAUCUCCUCUGUGUUGUUGCAAAUCAUUUAGACUUUACGUUCCAAACAAUUUGAUCAAUAAAUGUUUGCAUUAAAUGUCAUAUAGGGAACUCUUUGUUUAUUGUUACUAUUAAUAACGUUUCAUUAACACAAGCAGUUUCUGGUAGAGGAAGCUCAGAUGUGGCUGCCCCCUUAUCAUUUUCUUGUCGAGAGGGACGACCACUCUCCUUUUGGUGGUGGUGGUGUGUGUGUGGGGGGGGGGGGCAGUGGACCGUCCCGUGUCUCUCGGUGUGGGACAUGUCCUGUCCUCCAGGUUGCCCCCUGGGCCCGAUCCCACCGUUUUAUUCCUUGGGUGGGCUCCUCAGGCUCCACGUUGCAGGCACAGCAACUACACGACACUUCUGGUAGUCGUUCUGCCUGCAAAACCGUCAAUUUUAAUCCACUUGCGUGUAUCCGCCACCACACACCCUUGGGACUCUUUCACUGGGCGUGUCGCCACUUACUUAUUUUGGCAAAUAACUCGUGAAUAUGUGAAUUGCUUGUGUAUCCUCUCACUGAUAAUCUUGAUAAUCUCCUACUUACAGUAGUCAGUCCCGGCACAUUUCAGUUGUAUAGCCGGGUUCACGAUCCUUGUCCUGCAUGCUUCUUCUCCUGUCCCAUCUUGUUAUGUCCUUCGCUCAGAGGGUGUAGCGCUACAACAGGGGUGCCCAAACUGUUUUGCCCCAGGUAGUCAACCUCCCAUGGUCUAUCUGGGUGGUGUGGUGUGUGUGUGUAGGGGGGUAUUAUUUAUCAUGCAUGCUUUGUAUUUCUCAGUAAGCAAAGCAAAGUGAUUGCUCAUUAGUGAUUUCAGAGCUGCUUACAUGGCAAUUCAAUGGUUUUAAGCCAUAAAUUUCCCAUAAGCCUGUAUUCAGCCAAUAUUCUUUAAAAAAAAAAAAAAUCUAAUGAAUUUUGAUGUCCUCUCCUCAUGUGUAUUCAUUCAUGGGCAAGACAAGUGACAGUUCCUCUUUUGCGAUCAUAUCCGAAAGCACCAUCCCAAUAAAAAUGCACAACUAUGCUGUGUC